AUGAAACGUGACGCCUUCCAAGAGUACCUAGCGGAGCUGCGCACUUUGCCGCUUGAGGUGCCGUUGGAGCCAGAACUUAAGCCACAGCGCGCCAAGCUUGAUAAACGCAUAAGGGAGGAGCAGGCACUUGCCGAGGGGGCAGUGCUGACGGCAGUGCUUGAGGAGGGCGAUGGCGAUGAGUCUCCCAAAGAGGGGGACCUGGUGUACAUCCACUUCAGCGUGCGCAACCUGGAGGAUGAACUGCUGUACAGCACGCGCAGUGAGGAGGGCGGGGCGGGUCAGGCCUUCGCCUUCCUCAUGGAGCGGGGAGUGCGGGUACCCCGGGGCUGGGAGCUGGCAAUACGGGACAUGCGACGAGGGCAGCGGAGUCUGCUGCAGUUGAAGCCGGGGUUUGGUUUCCGUCAUCCUGACUGCCGCAUGGAGGUGCCCCGGGCGGGGCUGAGGAAGGUGUUGGACCAGCCCCUACGAUACGACAUCACGCUGUUAAAUUGGUAUCCCGCCUCCGCCGUACAUCCGUACGGUGCCAACGAUGCGUUGUACAAGCGGUGCAUCCGGGAGGCGGCGGCCUGGGAGAGUCCACGCCCUCCGUUUGAGGUGACUCUGCACCUGACCGUUCGCUGCCCCGCGUACGACGGCAUACAGCUGACGGGGCAGCGGCUGUACAGUACGGCAGGCCGCCGGCCAUUGACGGUGCAGCUGGGGAUGGGGCUGCUGCCGCCAGCCGUGGAGGAGGCGCUGUCGUACAUGUCCAAGGACGAGUUGGCGAGUUAUGUCGUACCCGCCAAGGGAAUGCUGCCCGAGGACAGGACUGGCGCAGCGCGAGAGGGCCCCAGAGAGGGCGGCAGUAACAGCAGCAGCAGCAGCAGCGAUGACGAUGACGAUGAUGAUGAUGAUGAUGAUGAUGAUGAUGACGACGACGCGGACGUCCUGGGUGCGGCGGGUGGAGAUGAACGAGGUAGUGGGCGGCGGCCGGCGCACCAAGUGGAGCUGGAGAUUGAGUUGUUGUCCAUGGUGCAGGUUCGUGACAUGACGGGCACGGGCGAGGUGACCAAGAAGCGGCUGCGGGAGGGGGAGGGCGAGUUCCCCGUAGACUGCCCCCUGCACGACACCACCGUUUACCUGCACUACAAGGCCAGACCGCUAGGCGCUACUGAGCGGCACCAGGUGCAGCCCGAGGGACAACAGGCGCCUGAGGGCCCUGAGGGCCCGGAUGAGGGCGGGCAUGACAGGAAGGCGAAGCAGCAGGAAGGGAGAUCAGCGGAGGUGGAGGCGGGUGGUCCAGGGCCGCAUGUCCCGGAGGCUGAUGGCAGCGGCUGCGGAGAGGGGGACGAGGUGUGGGUGUAUGACUCACGGCGGGUCCAAGAGGCACCGCUGGUUGCGGAUACUGGCUGUGGUGAGCUCCCGGAGGGUUUGGAGAUGGCGCUGAAGCUCAUGGUGCCCGGGGAGGCGGGCGCAGUGGAGUUUGAGGUGGAGCUGCUGGACUUUGAGAGGGAGGGCUACUGGCAGAACCUGAGUUUUGAGGAGCGUUACUCCCUGGCUGAGCGCCUCAAGUCGAAGGGCAAUGAGCUGUUCCGAAAGGGGCAGUAUAAGUACGCCAGGGCCAGGUACGAGCGGCUGCUCCGGCUGCUGGAGUCCACUCGCGACUUCGAUAGCCAGGAGGAGGUCGCCCGGAUAGACGGCUACAAGGUGGCGGUGCUGGGGAACCUGGCGCUCACAUGCAGCCACCUUGAGGAGUACGCGGCGGCGGUAGCGGCGUGUGACAAAGGGCUGCAGUACGAACCCGAAAGCGCCAAGCUGCACUUCCGCAAGGGCAAGGCGCUGAGUUUGUUUGGAAACUACGAGGACGCGGCGGACGCGUUAAAGCUGGCGCUUGAAUAUGAUGCCUCGAUUGAGAAAGACGUGACUUCGGAGCUUGCGGCAAACGCGGAAAGGCAAAGGGCGGCUCUACGGAAGCAGAAGCGCGAUCUUGGAAAUUUCCUCAAGCAAAAGCGAUGA